AUGGCCAACUCUCCCCACGGAGGUAUCCUCAAGGACCUCAUCGCUCGCGAUGCUCCUCGCCACGCCGAGCUUGCCGCCGAGGCCGAGACUCUCCCUGCGGUUGUCCUGACCGACCGCCAACUUUGCGACCUCGAGCUCAUCCUCAACGGCGGCUUCUCUCCUCUUGAGGGUUUCAUGAACCAGAAGGACUACGAUGGAGUUGUUAAGGAGAACCGCCUGGCCGACGGUGCCCUCUUCUCCAUGCCCAUCACCCUCGACGUCACCCAGGAUGUCAUCAAUGAGUCUGGCCUCAAGCCUGGUCUUCGUGUCGCCCUCCGCGAUCCCCGCGACGACAAGAACCUUGCUAUCCUGACAAUUGACGACAUCUACAAGCCCAACAAGGAGCUCGAGGCCACCGAGGUCUUUGGUGGUGUUGACGAGACUCACCCGGCCGUCAAGUACCUCUUCAAGACUGCUGGCGACUUCUACGUUGGCGGCAAGCUCGAGGCUAUCAACCGCCUGGAGCACUAUGACUUCCUCGACCUUCGCUACACCCCUGCUGAGAUGCGCCUGCACUUCGACAAGCUCGGCUGGAGCAAGGUCGUCGCCUUCCAGACCCGUAACCCCAUGCACCGCGCUCACCGUGAGCUGACCGUCCGGGCCGCCCGCUCGCACCACGCCAACGUCCUGAUCCACCCCGUCGUCGGUUUGACCAAGCCCGGCGACAUCGAUCACUUCACUCGUGUCCGUGUCUACAAGGCGCUGCUGCCCAGAUACCCCAACGGCAUGGCUGUCCUUGGCCUUCUGCCCCUGGCUAUGCGCAUGGGUGGUCCUCGUGAGGCCAUCUGGCACGCAAUCAUUCGCAAGAACUAUGGUGCCACACACUUCAUCGUCGGCCGUGACCACGCUGGUCCCGGCAAGAACAGCCAGGGCGUUGACUGGUAUGGCCCGUACGACGCCCAGUACGCCGUCGAGAAGUACCGCGACGAGCUCGGUAUCGAGGUCGUUCCCUUCCAGAUGAUGACUUACCUUCCCGACAAGGACGAGUAUGCGCCGGUUGACGAGAUCCCCAAGGAUGCUCGCACCCUCAACAUCUCUGGCACUGAGCUUCGCUCCCGCCUCCGUACUGGCCGCGACAUCCCGGAGUGGUUCUCGUAUCCUGAAGUUGUCAAGGUCCUGCGCGAGUCGCACCCUCCCCGUGCUGCCCAGGGCUUCACCAUCUUCCUGACAGGCUACCAGAACUCUGGAAAGGAUCAGAUCGCCAAGGCUCUCCAGGUCACCCUCAACCAGCAGGGUGGUCGCUCUGUCUCGCUCCUUCUUGGCGAGACUGUCCGCACAGGCAUCUCGUCAGAGCUCGGCUUCAGCAAGGAGGACCGUAGCAAGAACAUCCAGCGCAUCGCCUUUGUUUCUGGCGAGCUUACCCGCUCCGGCGCUGCCGUCAUUGCCGCGCCGAUUGCGCCUUACGAGGCUGACCGCCUGAGUGCCCGCGAGACUGUCGAGAAGUUUGGCGACUUCUACCUCGUUCACGUCGCCACCCCCCUCGAGUACUGCGAGAAGACCGACAAGCGCGGCAUCUACGCCAAGGCUCGCGCUGGCGAGAUCAAGGGCUUCACCGGUGUCGAUGCCCCGUACGAGACGCCCGCCAAGCCCGACAUCACUGUCGACUGCUCCAAGCAAUCUGUCCGCUCUAUUGUUCACCAGAUUGUCCUGACUCUGGAGAGCCGUGGUCUUCUUGACCGCUUGUAA